AUAUAUAAUAUAUAAGAUCCGUUACGCGCAUUCACUAGUCUCAUAGGAACGACAAGUGCCCGCCGGCAAGACGAAAACCGAGUUCGUAAAAUAACGUUCGCGUCUUAUACGUUGGGGUCGAAAUAAACAUUAUAUUUCGUUCGAAAUCGCGCCCACCCGUGUGUAACCGCCGUUCGAUUUGAAAAUUACGAAUUUUUUUUCCCGUCGUGAUUUUCCCGCCGACUCGACCGGAGCGAUUCGAUUCGUUGUCGCACACGACGGUAUAAUAUUAUCAUAUACGAAUAAUAAUAUUAUCGUACCCAUACUGUAUAUACACGUCCGUGUACGACGACCACGACGGUCGACGAUCACAUUAUCACACACACAUACGCAGCGCAGCUCACGAGACGGACGCACGCACACACGCGGGCGCGCUCCGCGUACUAUAGCACGCCGUCGACGACGACGACUACUACUGCUGCCGCCGCCGCCGCUAAACCGCGACCACAACUACAACCGCUGUUGCCGUACAUAAGCCAACACCGGUGUUGCGACGACAUUCGCUCGCCGGUAACGACCAUCAGCGGGCAUCAGCCGCCCACCGCCGCCGACAGUCAGCCCGACUGAGAACGUCAUGACGUCGCCAUCAGCAGCUUCCAGCAGCCGCUGUUACGUGCCCAGAUCCGUGAUCGUGGCCGUGGUCGCCGCACUGGCGUCUUGCACCGACGCCGCGACUGUGAUGACCAAAAUGAAAGACGCCACGAUGUUUAGAACUAAAGGAGUCGUAGACGUGGACGGGAAUACCGCCGCAUCGGCGAUGAAGGAUAACUCCGAAACGUACAACUUUAACGCUCAAAACUACACGAACGUCGCCAACAUUACCGACGCGGAAGACGACGACGGAACGUCCGGUGUCGGGGGCGACGAGGAAGCUCUGUCCGCCGUAUGGUACCUGGCCGCGUUCGGCGGCCUGGUGCUGUUCUUUUUCGUGGUCACGUGCUCCGAACUGUUCUUCGGCAAUCCCAUCUACACGCGCCGUCCCGUCGAGCUGCCGCACGCCGGCUACCUGCGCCGACACGUGUACGGCAUCCGGAACCACGGACAGCACAACUACAAGCCCGAGACGCCGCCGCCGCCGUACCACCUGUUCGCGCCGCCCAGCUACGACGACACCGUCAAGGGGGCGCUCGGACAGCAGGCGGAGCAGUACCACCACCGCGCCCCGGUCGCCAAGAAGCUCGCCAACGUGUACGUGGUGCCGGUGCACGCGGCCACCACCGCCGCCGCCGCCGCCGCCGCGGGCGCCACCACCUGCGCCGCCACCUGCGCCACUUGCACCACGAACGCCACUGCAGUGGCCGUGGCGGUAGCGGCCGACGCCAAACUGUUGGCCGCCGUGUUGCCGCAGACGAAAUUCAAAUAGGAACAUAACAUAUAAUAAAUUAUAAUAUAUCAUCUUCACGGCCGGUACCGCGAAACUCUGGAAUUACGACCCUCCUCUUCCUCUACCCACUAUAUAUAUAUGCCAUCGUUCGCGUACCCUGGUCGUCGGGGUCCGCCACUGGAUUUUUACCCCUUCGCGGACCGGACGACGACGAUGACGACGACGAAGACGAAGACGACGACCACGACGACGAUAUAAUUUUACCAAUUUUUUUUUUCGCGCAAGAAGACACGAUAAUUACGACGCACGCGUGUAAAUAAUAAUUUUAUAAUAAUCCAAUGCGAGUAAUACAAUAUUAUCACGCGAGUACGAUGAUGAUAUUUUCUCUCAAUCACUCGCUCUCAACUCUCAACUCUCUCUCUCUCUCUCUCUCUCUACCGUCGUGUCGUAUCACAGGCGCGUUCUUUGAUCUCAUUUUUAUACAUACAAUAUGUGUACAUAUCCAAAUGUUAUUUUUAUACGCCAUCGCACACGCACACACUAUACCUUUUACGUGUGUAUAAAUUUAUUGUAAACGGUUAUGUAAUACGAUAAACGGGUAUAUUAACGUUCGUUCAGACUCAUAUUCGUUCACACGACACAAUAUAUAAUAUAAUAAUUGUGUUUAUAUAAGAUUUUAUUCGUACAACUCAAACGAAUACUUUCCAAACGUUUUUUUUUUUAUACAUUAUUAUUAUUUAUUAUUUUAUUAUUAUUAUAUUAUUAUUGUUAUCGAUGUGUGUGUGUGUGAUUUUUUUAUUAUUAUUAUUAUUAUUGGUAUUAUACAUAAUUAUUAUUAUCCAUUAUUUUAUUAUUAUAUUAUACAUAUAAUAUUUUAUUUUAUUUUUGUAUGCACAAAACGGUGCGAAAAAAAACAUUACAAUAAUUAUGUAUCGUAUUUUAUUUUAUUUGAUUUAUCGCGUACACUCAUAUCGUCGGUCUCAAUAUAUAGCGACGAACCUCGUUCUCGAUACUCCGUGAACGAGCGCCUGUGAACACACACGUCGUACACGUCGGUCGAGUACGAUUCGCCGCCGGACACACGUCCGACGCGCCUUGGUCCGUCGACACGCUCGCACGCGCGUGUCCGUACCCUAUGGCUCUAUCGGCGUACGUGCAGCCUCGCACAUCGUCGUGGGGACCACUCCAUUUCCAUUGUAUAUUUACCAAACGACGUAUACACAAUAUUAUUAUAUUUUAUUAUUUCAUAUUUUAUAUAUAUAUAGUAUAUUUUAAAGGAUAAGUCAUGAUCCGACCACGAUUAUUGUUUGUUUUUCAUGACUGCAUCAUAAGAUUUUGAUAUUGUGUACCUUAUAAAUGUUUUUUUUUUUUUUGUGUGUGUCUAUCGACGUAUAAUAUUGUAUAAUAUACGCGUGUAUGUUUUUUUUAACCCAUAUUGAUUUAACGUGUUUAACGUAGCCUAUAUUAGGCGAUUUAUAUUUUCUUUCUUUUUAUAUAUAAUUUAUUUAAUAAACUGUUACCAAACACAUUUUUGUCUACAAAA